AGGAGAUCCCUCGCACUAGUCAGGUUGCCUUGUUGUCAACCCGCCUUAUUGUUUUGCUGCGACCAAAGCGACAGUUUCCUUGAAGGUUUGGAUUUCAGCAAUGAGAGAGCGAUGGGAUUUAUCGCAUUAUCUAGCGGUGUUCUUCUCGUUGAUGGUACUGUGGCAGUCAAGAUCAAUAGUGGAAUCGUCUGCAUAUGCUUCAGAGGCCUUCAAAAACAACAUCACUCUGUUCACCCGGAUCUUGGACCGCCUUCUGGAUGGCUAUGACAACCGAUUACGACCUGGACUUGGAGAUCGGGUGACAGAGGUGAAGACGGAUAUUUAUGUCACAAGUUUCGGUCCAGUGUCAGACACAGACAUGGAGUACACUGUGGACGUGUUCUUCCGUCAGAGCUGGAUUGAUGAGCGGCUGAAGUUCAACGGGCCCAUGAACAUCCUGCGGCUGAACAACCUGAUGGCCAGUAAGAUCUGGACGCCCGACACCUUUUUCCACAACGGGAAGAAAUCUGUGGCUCACAACAUGACCAUGCCCAACAAACUGCUCCGGAUCAUGGAGGAUGGAACACUGCUGUACACCAUGAGGUUAACGGUCCAGGCAGAAUGUCCCAUGCACCUUGAAGAUUUCCCCAUGGAUUCCCACUCCUGUCCACUGAAGUUUGGCAGCUAUGCCUACACAAUGGCCGAGGUGACGUACAUUUGGACCCGAAACGCAUCAGCGUCAGUGGAGGUAGCACCAGAUGGAUCCAGACUGAACCAGUAUCGCCUUCAGGGACAAACUGUGGGGACAGAGACCAUUAAAUCAAGCACUGGUGAAUACACUGUCAUGACGGCCCACUUCCACCUGAAGAGGAAGAUUGGCUACUUUGUGAUCCAGACCUACCUGCCCUGCAUCAUGACCGUCAUCCUCUCCCAGGUCUCCUUCUGGCUCAACCGAGAGUCUGUACCCGCCAGAACUGUCUUUGGUGUGACCACUGUGCUCACUAUGACAACUCUCAGUAUCAGUGCCCGUAACUCUCUGCCGAAGGUGGCCUACGCCACGGCCAUGGAUUGGUUCAUUGCCGUGUGCUACGCCUUCGUGUUCUCUGCCCUCAUCGAGUUUGCUACCGUCAACUACUUCACCAAAAGAGGCUGGGCCUGGGAUGGCAAAAGUGUGGUGAACGUCAAGCAGAAGAAGGAGGCGUCCGCCAUGAAGAAGAACAACGCCUAUGCUGUUGCUGUGGCAAACUAUGCCCCAAACGUCACCAAGGACCAAAGUGGUCUGCCCACCAUCUCCAAGAGCGCCACCUCUGACCCCAACAAGGCCAAGCCAGAGAUCAAGCCAGAGCAGAACAAGAAGACCUUCAACAGCGUCAGCAAAAUCGACCGUAUGUCCCGGAUUAUGUUCCCCGUGCUCUUCGGUGGUUUCAACCUGGUCUACUGGGCCACCUACCUGAACAGAGAACCAGUCAUAAAGGACAUGGUCCCGUCCAAAUGAGUACAAAAUAUUUAUUUUGCAAAGAGACAGGACUCACUUUAUGCUGCCGGCCCAUGACUGAGGAUCUGUGUGUGAGUUAGGCUACAUGGAGCUGUGGCAUCCACUGGAGUCAGUAUGAUUGCUUUCUAUUGCAGGUGCAUUCAUUACAAGGAGAUAGGCGGGUAAAUUUUAACAAUUUUCUAGUUAAAUUGUCAUUUAUACUUGUAAAAGAGGUUAACAUUAACUUUAAAGUGGUGUAAGGAUUUUAUAUUUAUAUAAAGAAAGAAACCUCUGAUGCUUUAUCUAACUUCUAUUUGAGGUUCUGAUUAAUGAACCUUAAAGAAAACAACUGCCAUGAUUCAAUCAACACGAGAACUAGUGACCAAAUCGUUAUUAUAACCCUUUAUUGAAGACUCCUGUAUUAGAAAGCACAGACACCAAUUUCCUGUUUUUGUUCCAUUAUUAACCCUCACCAUGCCCAUCAUAUCUUACAUACUGUACAUGUUCACGUUUGAGCUUUUCUUUAUGUUUAUUGUCUCAAUUCACACAUUGGAAGGAAAUGUUGCACCAUUUUAUCAUCACACAGUGAACACAGGUACACACAAGUGAGUGUUGAUCCUGCAGGUCCCUACAGUACACCGCUAGACUCACCAUGAGUUCAGGGAUGGAUGAAGGCUCACUGUUCUUAUCGUAGCUUUUGUAAUGACUCACAGGCUCUAAGACACUGACAGAGGGCAGUGAAUGGACACAAAGUGUAAGUGAAACUUGCAGGAAUGUACUGUGUGUCAAUAUGUAAUAUUGAUGUUUUGUAUUUACAGAUUCAUUUAAUGACUUUAUCAAGUACGUGAUUUCCUGUUUCCAAUUUCAUGAGCAAUGUAGCCUUCUUCUCUGAUGUAGAUCAAAGGACCCAAAUACAUCAUGUUAAAUGCUUUACAUUUGGUGAUAUCAAGUUCAUCAAGUAACACUUUAUUUAGUAUUGCAUAGUUUGUUAACAAUUAAGUUAAUUCAUGGGUUCUUAUUUUUUUGUAUAUUUUGUGUGAUUGAGGGCAUCAAGGUUGUCUCUAUUGAUCACUCUUUUAACUCCAUCAUAUGAUCACAUUUCUGUUUUAGCCAUGGGUGAGGGCACUAUACCAUGGCAUUUCUGUUGUAAGUAAAUAUGUAGUUUAGUGGAAAUUGUUACUGUGUUGUACACAAAUUUGGUAUAUUUAAAGAUGUGGCACAAAAUAGAAAAUAAAAAAAUACAUGUUUAUUGUCACACA